UUAAUUUAUUGCUUUCUUCCGUUACUGAUUACACAAUCAUUUCGAGCUCGCAAUGGCGAUCCAGAUCGGGAUGGAGAGAUCCAUGUUCCAUGAGCCGGUGGCGAGGAGGAUUGGGGCUACAAGCCGCUCCUUGCAUCAGGAGCUCAUCACCGGUGCUCUCGCAUCCAUGGAUUCGUACAUCUCCGACGAGCACCAGGUCGACAACAUGUACGGUACCUUUUCUUAUCCUCUGAUUGCAGCCGGCGAUGUCCAUCUUGUUGGGGAAAACCAUGUCCCGCAAGAUGGCAAGAUUCCGCAACAAAAUGUUGCCGAUUUUUCGGGUACCAGCGGCGGACGGCGGUCUUGGUUAUGGCGGCGCUAUAUGCGGUAAUCAUGCACUUCUGGGAAAUACCGUUCCCUCUGAGAAUACACUAGUGAGCCAGGUAAAUGCCGAAGAGGACGCUAGGACCUACAACCAAAGAGGGCAGCGGACACUUGACGAGGACAGAUCGCUAGAAAAGCAUGUGAAGAAGCUAGGUGAAAAGAAGUGGUCAAUGAUUGCAAAGAAUCUCCCUGACAGGAUUGGAAAGCAAUGCAGAGAGAGAUGGCUCAACCAUUUGAGCCCUGAUAUUAAGACGACUGCCUGGACGGAAAAGGAGGAGAAGGUGAUUGUAGCCUUGCACCGGAAGCACGGCAACAAAUGGGCUAAGAUGGCGAAGCGCAUCCCUGGUCGACCAGAGAGCAACUUCAGCAGAUCCUCUAAAUAACCUCCUUAAAAAGUUUAGAGGUUACUCCAACAGACCCUCUACUUGUCUCCCUAUUUUGGAAAUAGGCCAGGUCCUCUACUUGUUUCCCUAUUUUGGGAUAGGACUAUUGCUGGAGUUGGAAGUAUUUUCGUGACUAAAAAAAAUACAGAGAACCUCCGUUUCACCUUUGAGGUUUUGAUUUAAGGGGUACGCUCAGAUAACAGCAUCAAGAACCACUGGAACGCGACCAGGCGCUGGCUGGAAGCGAAGUGCCGGAGCAAGACGAUUGAGACGGCCGCCGUCAGGAAGGCGACCCUCUCCAUGGUCCUCGAGCUCUACAUCCGUGAGCUGCGCGACAACGGCAAGCUGAAGGUGGCGGGCGCCCCGGCCAGCGCCGCCGCCGACCCGUCGAUGCUGGAUGAUGAUGCUGCGUCGGCCAGCUGGCAGGCGGACGACAACCCAGCCGUCGCGGAGCCAUCGUCGGGCUCCAACUCACCCGACGACCAGUGGUGGCUGCACAUGCUGUGCGGCGGCACGCUGCGUCGCUGCCUCCGCCGAUGAUGGAGGCGCCAGAGCCAACGCAAGACCACGUGUACGCUACGUACGACGCUGACGGCUACGUGCGCUACGUGCACCUGCAGCCGACGCCGGGGCACAGCUCCGCUCCUGUCAACCAGGCCGCCGCCGCCGCGGCUGCCGGAUACUACAACCCCCUGCUGUUCCCGUACUACCCGUUCGGAGGGCAGCAAGUGUACGGCCACGCCACCUGCCCUGCAGGCAGCUACUACCAGGAGGCCGGGCCGAGCCAUCGCUACAUCAACAGCGGCGCUGGCGGCGACGAGGCGCAUGGCGACGCUGGCUUUGAUCCCGCGGCCCCGGGACUGGCCGGCAUGCCUUUCAGUGCCAACGCACCAGCUGGCCAGAACCAGCGUGGCGGCGGCGCCAUUUAAUCUGAGGUGAGGAACCAAGCCAGCCUCUGAUGAGACUGGCUACAAAUAAAGGGAGCUGCGUCACAGCAGCUCAGAACCAGUUUGAAUAACCGCCUUCUGUGGACGGCGAAGACUCUGAAUUUCCUUCGUUGAACUAUGUCGUCGUGUUACUGUCGUUCGUGCUUUUGUCUGCUGGAGUUCACAACGAGUGCUUAAAUAAGCGCCUUCUAUGGACGGCGAAGACUCUGAAUUUAUGUCGUUGAACUAUGUCGUGGUACUGUUGGGUCGUACUUUUGCCUGCUCGAGUUUGAUCUAAAUAAGAACCUUUGGUAUGCUUAAGACUA